AUGAUUCUGGGUCUGCAGCAGCCGCUCUACAUGUGGUACGACGGCUACCCGCCGCACGUGGCCGACAGCUACGCCGGCCGCGUGAGCCGCAUGGACGUGCGCAACACCCGACACGGACUGGCCUCGCUCAACAUGACCAACAUCACAGAGGCGGACGACGGCUGGUACGAGUGCGUUGUCCACUUCCUCAAUCGGAAGCCAGCCGUGCUCGGCAACGGCACCUGGGUCCACCUGGAUGUGCACGCACCACCGCGGCUGGUACAGACCCCAGCUCGGGAUGUGUUCGUGAACAUCGGUGACUCGGUGACCUUGACCUGCGAGUCCCGCGGCACGCCCCAGCCUGUGGUCACGUGGCUCAAGGGUGACAAGCCGGUGCGACCGUCAGAGACCACCAGGCUCAGCGAGGAGGGCAACGAGCUCCGGAUACACAGGAUAGGCGAGGAAGACAUAGGACAGUAUACGUGUCGUGCCACCAACAGCGAAGGCAGCGUUCGCUGGACGUCCAAGAUUAUCAUGGCAGGUGGCGCUGUGAUCGUGGCCGGGCCCGCCAACCAAACGAGCAAGGCGUCCCUGCCGGCCGUGCUCAACUGCCGGACGCGAGCCCGGCCGGACAACGUGACGGUGCUCUGGCUGCGCGACGGCCAGCCGGUGGGGCGCGUGGCGGCGCUGGACGGCCGGGCGCGCGUGCUGCAGAACGGCUCGCUAGUCAUCGACCCGCUGGCGGCCGAGGACACCGGCCGCUUCACCUGCCAGGCCUCCAACGGCAUCGGCGUGCCACAGCGCGCCUCCGCAUUCCUCGACGUGCACUACGCGGCCCACGUGCCGUACACGCCGUCCGUCCAGUACCUGGCCACCGGUAGCCAGGGCGUCAUACGGUGUCACAUCAAGGCCAACCCGCCCAUCCAGUUCGUCACGUGGUACCGCAACCGGCGCGACUACGACCCGAAGAACGUCACCGGCGUCUCCCUCCUGCCCAACGGGUCAUUGCUCAUCGACAAGGUGAGCGCCGCCCACCAGGGCACCUACCGGUGCAGACCGUUCAAUCUGUACGGCACCGGCGGCGAGUCGGGCGAGAUGCAGGUGGUGGUGCGCGAGCCGCCCCGCUUCGUCGUCCGGCCCAACAACCUGUACCAGCGGCGCGUGCAGGACACCAUCCGGAUGCCGUGCGUGGUGCAGGGCUCGCCGCCGCCCGAGGUCACCUGGAGACGGCACGACAAUCAGAGUUUGCCCAGUGACCGCGUGGUACUAGAAGAGGGCAACAUCACCAUCCGACUGCUGCGCAAGUCCGACUUCGGCUACUACGAGUGCGUGGCCCGCAACAGCGUGGCCACCAUCGUCACCUCUACCCAGCUUGUGGUCGAGGGGACGACAACUCAUCCGCCACACGACAUCACAACCAACGCCUCCAGCUACGCCAUCACCAUCCGCUGGCUGCCGGGCUAUAGCGGCGGGGACAGCUUCGACCAGAAGUACGCCGUAUGGUAUCAACAGGAAGGCACCGGCAAUUGGAACACAUACGAGAUCAAACCGACAGGGAGCUCCUACAACCAGGUGACCAUCUACCAGCUGCUGCCAGACACCGCGUACGAGCUGAUGGUGGCCGCCAAGAACGACAUCGGCGACCGCAUGUACUCCGACAAGGUCACCGUCAGGACGCUCGAUGUUGGGGAAUCGGCGAAGACUGACCCGGCGGUAGACCCGAAAGCCUCCAAGAAAAAGGCGUCUGACGGUUCCGGUCCGCUUCCGGGAGCGCCGCUCGAGGUGAACGUCACGGAGUCGAGCGGCGGCUUCCUGGUGUCGUGGCAGCCGCCGCUGGAAAACCCGCACGUGCCGGUGCUGUACUACUCGGUGGAGCUGAAGCCGGCCGACGGCGAGUGGAAGCCGCUGGGCGAGCGUCGGCUCACCAAGACGCGCUACACAGUGAAGCAGCUGCAGGGAGGACGCACCUACUACUUCAAGGUGCUGGCGCACUCGCACGACGGCUGGCGAGAGAGCGAGACCGUCAAGUACGUGGUGCCCGACCACGUGCAGAAGAAGGCCAUCACGGCAGCGCUGGUCGGCGGCCUCCUGCUGCUCAUCGUGUCUAUCAUCCUCUCCGUCUGCACCGUCAAAAUAUGCAAUAAGCGCAAGCGCCGAAAACAGGAGAAAGAGUACAACAUGGUGGCGUGCCGGGUUACUGAGGCUCGCAGCAGCGUCAGCAGCCCGGUGCCUUUAAAUAAGACUCUGGAUAGGGGAGAGAACUCCUCGCUGGAACAUUACUAGACGACUGCCAGAUGACCUGAACAUUACUAGACGACUGCCAGAAGACGUGAACACAAAGGUGGGGGGCCGCGCGAUCAGACGUACAUGCCUGGUGAUCACUCGGCUGGCCCGGGGGUGUCGCAGACUCCGCAGCACCGCCGGUCAGGGGGAGCGUCGCAGACUCCGCGGCACCGCUGGCCAGGAGGAGCGUCGCAGACUCCGCGGCACUGCCGGUCAGGAGGACAGUCGCAGACUCCGCGGCACUGCCGGUCAGGAGGAGCGUCGCAGACUCCGCAGCACCGCCGGUCAGGAGGAGCGUCGCAGACUCCGCAGCAUCGCCGGUCAGGAGGAGCGUCGCAGACUCCGCGGCACCGUCGGUCAGGAGGAGCGUCGCAGACUCCGCAGCACCGCCGGUCAGGAGGAGCGUCGCAGACUCCGCGGCACCGUCGGUCAGGAGGAGCGUCGCAGACUCCGCGGCACCGCCGGCCAGCAGGAGUGUCGCAGACUCCGCGGCACCGCCGGCCAGCAGGAGUGUCGCAGACUCCGCGGCACCGCCGGCCAGCCGAGGCGCGCAACACGUCUAUGUUCGAGCUGCCGCUUGCGCAGCCCAAGCUAAUCCCCAAUGUCGUCGCGGAUCGUGUGGGCCCAGUGCGGCAGACAGAGACGCCCUGAUUUGCGUCGCAUGUAUCCGACUUCUACCAGAGCUGAGUCCACAUGAGGCACCGA